ACCAGCACCGCCCAAAUCUCCCGCCUUGUUUGUUUUAGCUGUAGAACGAUCCAUCUACAACAGCCGGGCUCGAUUGACACUGUCUGCCUGUGCUUUGCUGCUACGCCUGGCUCGGAAUAACAAGACAGUUUGCUAAUACCAGCCGAUCGGGGCUUUACUCAUAUCUACACAGCGAGCUAAAAAAAAAAAAGCAAGCAAGGAAUCAAGCAAAUAGCCCAGCUCAAGUUCUGGAACCCAGCAUGGCUUCGGGAGACCUUUACGAGGUUGAAAAAAUUGUAGAUAAGAGAAAGAACAAAAAGGGAAAAUGGGAGUAUCUUAUCCGGUGGAAAGGCUACGGGAGCAAUGAGGACACGUGGGAACCUGAGCAUCACCUCCAACACUGUGAAGAGUUCAUUGAUGAUUUUAAUGGACUUCCCAUUCCCAAGGACAAGCGCGCCAAGCCAGGCAAGCAGGUUGGGGGUCCCCGGUUUCUCAGGGAAGGGCGAGCGGUCUCUUCUGAGGCUGUCAGAGGCAAAGUGGCAACCCACAAAAAGAAAAGGACUAACACGAUGGGCUCCCAAAAGCAAAAACGGUGUUAUGGUGGUAAACACGCACUUGACAGAGCUACGAAGACUGUGACAUAUAGGACCACCCCCAGUGGACUGCAGAUCAUGCCCAUGAGGAAGCCACACAAUGGAAUACAAAAUGGAGACACUAGUCUGGACAAAGACUCCUUACACUAUAGAGAUACAGCCCGGGAACAAAAAUUAGCAAACGAUGGAGAACAUGAACUGGUGGACGACUUGGAAGUUAAUGACUCCCCGCUUAUGAAUGGAAUUGGGUCCACACUUUCCAACGGAGGAAUUAGUUUGCACAGUGCAGUAAAACGGAAACUGGUAGAAGACAAAGACUAUGUGUUUGACAAACGACUCAGAUACAAUGUUCGACAAAAUGAAAGUAACUGCCGGUUCAGGGACAUAGUGGUUAGAAAAGAAGAAGGUUUCACACAUAUACUGCUAUCAAGCCAAACAUCUGACAAUAAUGCAUUAACCCCAGAGAUAAUGACAGAAGUGAGGAGAGCUUUGGGUAACGCCUCAGUAGAUGACAGCAAGCUGCUGCUUCUGAGCGCAGUGGGUAGUGUGUUCUGCAGUGGCUUGGAUUACUCAUACCUCAUUGGCAGGUUAUCGAGCGACAGGAGGAAGGAGAGCACAAGGAUCGCCGAAUCCAUAAGGGACUUUGUAAAAGCUUUUAUUCAGUUUAAGAAGCCUAUUGUGGUAGCUAUCAAUGGACCAGCUCUUGGGUUAGGAGCUUCCAUCCUGCCUCUCUGUGAUAUUGUGUGGGCCAGCGAGAAGGCCUGGUUUCAGACACCAUGCGCUACCAUCAGGCUGACCCCAGCAGGCUGCUCAUCUUAUACCUUCCCUCAGAUUCUGGGGGUUGCACUGGCAAACGAGAUGUUGUUCUGUGGGAGGAAGCUAACCGCUCAGGAGGCAUGCAGUAGAGGACUAGUAUCCCAAGUCUUCUGGCCAACAACCUUCAGUCAGGAAGUGAUGCUCAGAGUGAAGGAAAUGGCUACCUGCAGUGCUGUGGUGCUGGAAGAAUCCAAAUACCUGGUGCGAAGUUUCCUGAAAUCUGCACUGGAGGGGGUCAAUGAGAAAGAGUGCCAGAUGCUAAAGCAACUGUGGAGCUCCUCAAAAGGACUCGAUUCCCUAUUCAGUUACUUGCAGGGUAAAAUCUACGAAGUCUAAUGAAAGCAAACAGACGAGGAAAGGGGAGGAUUAUUUAUUGACAGCUAGCACUUCCCGUUCAUAAAGAAAACCCUGCCACCCUUGCUGGUAUUCCAGCAACAUUAUCUAAUUGACAGACCUCAUGAGAUCUUCCACUAUGAGUGGCUGCAGGUCUAUACAGGAUAAGACUUCAAGGGAGGUUGUGGAAUGGAUAACUGACGAUCAUGCUGGAACAAUUUGUAUUUGUAAGUAGACUGCAAAGUUUUCCCAUUACAUUCCAGCUCUGCAAACUUGAAAGACAACAAUGCAAUCCUUUUGAAGAUAACGUAUUUUUUAUUUAUUUAUACAAUCUUUGCUGUGAAGUGGUCCCAGACAGCAAAAGGAAAAAACAUAUUUUCAUAAUGUCUUUUUGGGUUCUUUGUAAAAAUAUUUUUUUUUCUACCACAUAAGUCUAUGGAAACCAAAAUAUGGAUCGAUUCACAAUCUUCAUGAACUCCUGCGCUUAACGCAUCUUGUCGAGACAUUCCUUAAUAUUAUUUAAUUGUGCAAAACAGAAUGAGCCAUUGAAUAUUUAACAUAACUGAAGGAACCUACAGCUUAUAUUCUUGUGUGUAAAUUGGAAGGUCAUCUGUUUUUUGCUCCCAAUCAAACUACCUUAGCAACUUUAAAGAAAUGAUCCAGACAUGCUGAAAAAGAAGAAGAACGACGACAUAUAACCUCCUAAAAAAAUUUUGCUUUGGGUUUUGAACUGUAUUCUUCUUCAAGGUUCAUACAUUUUUCUACCUGACUUUUUUUUUUUUUUUUUUUUUCCUGUCAACGAACCCAUCUAUGCUGCUAAUACCUUAAAUAAAAGGUAGAAGGGCUUUACAACAUUUGCUUUACUUUUUUUUCCCCUGAUAACUGCUGGAAGUCCAUUGCACGGCUCACUGCCUGAUUCUGGGGGAUUUGAACACCCAUGUCAGGGAUGUCCAAUCGCAGUCCUGGAGGGCUAUACCACUCCAGGUUUAACAGAUCAAUUAAACUAACUACUUCAGGGUCUGGAUUGAGGUUUGAUUGGUUCAACUAAACAAUUUAGAACAGGUUUGGAACAAAGAACAGGAGUGGAAGGGCCAACUUUGGCCACCCCUGCCCUUUGUGCAACAACCAACAAACAACCAACAGUAACAACCAACAAACUCCCAAGAACACUAUAAAUCUUUACAUUUUGUUUUAUUGUUGAACAGAGUUGCAACUUAGUCCAGUUCUGACAAAGAAGCAGAGUCUUUUCACAAUGCAUACACUGACCAAACUCCUGGGCCAUAAAGACAUUUCUGAAAAGUGAAACCACAUCCAGGACGAAGCACUGACCUUGUGUGAGAAAAAUAUCACAUGCUUUAAACAACCACAUUUGCAGUUGAAUUAGUGAAUAACUAAGGAGCAGUCUGUGAUGGGCAAAAAGGAAAAUACAUUCUCAACAGAUACCAAAAGUAGAGGGGUUUAAACUGGCAACUGACUACCUUUGUGAGACAGAUGUGGAAAGUGUUGUCCAUCUCUAGAAAUGGAUUGAUCCUGCGAGGACAGUGGAAUUUGAAAUAUCAAUUUAGAAGCUUCUUCAUGUGGACACUGAUGGAUUUGCAUUUGAGGAUUUCAUGACCAAACUAUUUGCAGGAAGACUGGACACUCAGUGGCUAUGGUUAAAGUCUGAUGGACCAAAAUGUGGUUUGCUUGCCAGAUAAAACAGGCUUCAGCUUGAUUCAGUAUUGUCAGUGGUGAUUUGCACCUUGUUGCAAAACUGGUAAGAAUUGUGACUGCAGAAUCAUUAGGUUAAAUUCUGUCAGUCGGUCAGUAAUGUUGAGUUAGCACAGUAAUUCAGUCUUCCUCCAAAGUUAAACACACACAGGCAUAGUCUUCUUAUUGCAGUCAAUUCCUGUGAACCUCUGUUUUUUGUUGUUUUUUUGUCUUUUUUAAACACCAUCGUAGACCAUGAUAUUAUUGGCAACAAUGCUAAAAUGUGCAAAUUGUGGAAACUGUAGCUUUCUUGGUUUUACUAUUGAGAACCAUAGUUUUUAAAUACCAAGGCAACAAUCGCCCUACAGAAUUUAUUUUGGCUUCAGGGAAGCAUGGAUGCAAUCCACUCAGUCUCCUCCCCUUAUAAGAUUGAGUAAAUUAGCAUUGUCAUUAUUCUGAUCUACCACGCUUUCACUAUGCAUUUAACUUGAUUUACCAUACGUACAUAUCCUUGCUAUCAAUAUGCUUAACAGAGCUUUAUUCUAUUUACUAUGCUUUUGCCGUGGUGUAUUACAACAAACGUUUGUAAGGGUCCGGUACAAUAUUUGUACCACAAAAUAUAUUUUUUUUAUUUUCCAUGUCAUGGUGGAAACUGUAACUAGAGGGGAACAGGACAUUUGAGAAGUACAGUCAAGCUGCAGUAGUUAAACUGUUAUUAUUUUUUGAUAUAUUUUGAAGGAUACUCUUUGGGGACCUGCCAAUUGGCAUUAUAUGUUUUUGCUUAGCAGUAAAUGUAAAUUGCAAAGGACAGGGGUUAAAGAACAUAUUAUUAUCUUACACAUUUGAAUUUCAUGAACUGGGGAUCAAAGUACAGCAACUGCUUUGCAUUAGAAAAGCAAUGACUUAUUUAUUUGAUCAGGAAUAUCUUUAGAUAUGCAGUAAAAAAGCCAGAACAAGGUGACCAUGCUGGUAGAAAAAAAAACAGAUAGUUACGACUUGCCUAGGUUUACUUUUAAAAGAAAGUUAAACAAAUGUCGGUCAUGUCACCUGAACUUGGUGUAGAGUUUUGUGAAAUGAUGUUGUAUGAUAUGAACCCAAAAUAUUUAUUUUAAGUUAUUAUUAUUUUGAUUUAAGGACUUUCUGAUUCCAAAUAAAUAACUUGGUGGGGUGACUUUUCAACUCUGCCGGCCCCCAAAGUAAUGAAGAAUGUGGGGUCAGCCAAUUUCAACAGGCCAUAUGAUUUGAUUCGAUUUGGAAUCAGAAAGUCCCCCAAAAUGAGCUGGAACUAGGAUUCUACAGGCACAGAUAAUGCCACGUGGACAUUUGACGGUACUUGCCUGUUCCCUCUUGUUUAUGGGAUAUAUAGUAAAAAGUAAGUCCUCCACAGCAAAGGGGUUGUGAAACGGUAUUAUUGUCGGUCAAUGCUGACAUUAUUACAUUAAGAUUAAAUGAAAGAUUUUUAAAUCUACUUGAAAUUUCUAAAGGAACUAAAAGCUGUUUUUUUUAUGUGAACCUUAUAGGGAGUUCAGCUUUAGAAUGGCAUUUAGAUUAGAUGUAUUUGUUGUAAAGCUUGUGUUGGUACACAAGCUUUAAGUCACACACAAUACCUAUGUAGAUAUAACAAGAGGCUGAUAAUAAACAUUGCAUUCUGAUGCCUGCAUGUGCUAUUCUUCAAUGUUGAUUACGUUAAAUACAUAGGUGCAUAAAUUAUUAUUAAAUGAAGUUUCUAAAUAUAUGAAAAGUUAAAAGUUUAUUUUAGUAGCACUUUUAUUAUAGAAGUUAUUGGACAUUGAGGUGUAUUUUUGUACGUGUUUUGCUCCAAAGUGAUUUAUUUUUUUUCACUCUGCACUUUUAUUUAUCAGACAUAAGGCUAUUUGUCUUGCUUAAUUCAUAUUGCAGGCUUUUGAGGAAAUAAUGUCGAAUUGCAUGUGUUGAUGGAUGCAGAAUAUAUAUGUAUAUAUUAGUCUGGGUAUCAUUAAUUAAUUUACACAGCAUUUAAUAAUAAUAUUGUAGGUUGGUUGUUAAGCUUUUUUUUAUUAUUAUUUUGUGUAAAUUGAUUUGUAUAUCUUUAAAAAAAUAAUGCUAUUCUGCAGUUGUAGAUAUCAAAAGGUAGGCUUUCUUUGUGCAGGUAUGCAUGUAAAUAUUUCUGUUGCCUGUUAUUACAGUAUAUUUUCAAUAUAUGACCUUUUGUAUUGCCGUAGUAGGUAAUGUUAGGACCCUUGCACAAUUAUUAUUUUUAUUUUAUUUUAUUAAAAUGGAUUAUUACAUGGUAGGCAGGUAUUGUUGUGCCAAUACAUUUUCACAUCCAUAGACAAUGUUUAUAUUUUAUUGUUUUUUAAAAUGAAGGAUAUUUUUACUGUUGAGCUGUGACAUUUGAAAAGCUCAUCCUUUUUGUAAUAAGCCUGACUAAUGAUUUUCAUUUUUGCUUUUGCAAAUACAAUGCGCCAUGCAGAAACAUUCAAGAGCAGAGACAAGCCAAACAGAUUCAAAAUCGCUGCAUUCUUUAGAUUUUGUGAGCAUUCAACCAAUAAAAAAUAGUACAUAGUAAAUGGUGUAGGUACUGUUGUUUUUGUGAAUAAUUCCUGUGUUUUAAUAAAUUAUAGUUAGGGCUGUGCAGAUACUCUCUCAGGGUAAUUCCCUUCAAGAUGUUUUUAAUUAAAUGGAAUAAAACAUGUUAAUUACUCAACACAAAACAAAUCACUCCCUCAGUUGCCCUUGCUUGCACAAUUAUUGAGUACCAGUCAAUAACAAUCUGACAGUGGGAUUUAAUAUAGAACCUGUCGUGUUCAAACUAAAACCACUCGUAUUCUAUCUGUACUUAUUUGACUUACCUUUCUUUUGUCAUUCUGACAUUAAAUCAUUUUGAUUUCACUUUGCUAGUUUCUUUAAAUAUGUGUCAUUUUUGUGGAUUGUAGUCCUGGGCAUAAUUUAACCUCUGAUUAGAUUUGACAGAGGAAUUCUUAUCCUAGUGUUCAUCGUGGCAGAUCCUAAGGUUGGGCUAUGAAAGGUCACAUGUACAUGACUAAUCUGUUGCAUUUGCUAGUUUCAUGAUGUAUUUUCAUUGUCAGUUUAUGGCUUCAGUACAGCAGUACAAAUUUAUGUGCCCUGGGAAAAAGAGAAAUUUGAUUCCAAUUGGCUUUUAAAUCACAUAGGGCAGAAGUGAAUUGCCAUUGAUUGGUAUUCAGUUGUAACGGUGAGAGAAAGGCAGCUUUUCUUGUUGUAAAAUAAACACAUACAUGUAGAAAGUUUGUUUGGUUUCAUUUAAUACCUGCAGAGUACUUGCACAGCCCCAGUUACAAUCAAGUUAUAAUCUUAUCACAGUUUGUCUCAGUCAAACAUAUGCAAAUACAUAUGUGCAUAAUAUAGUAACAGAACUUUUAAAGAAUAACAUCAGGACAGAAUGUAGUUGCAAGCCUAAAUAAUAAUAAGUGCUGGUCAGUAUCUGUAUGCACUGGUGCCAUUAUUAACUUAAAAAAUGUAUUGAAAUACACCAGCUUCUAUACAUUUUCAAAUGUACUGACCUUUAUUCCCUGGUAUUUUCCAAAAAAAAAAAAAAAAUUGAAAA